CGGUUAUUUGAAUUUGAUGUCUAUGGCGCGCAUGUUGUGUUCUGAGGCGUCCAACCCCUUUUUUAAUGUGUCUAGUCUGUUUACUGAUGUAUAGCAGACGUUUUUAUGGGACUGGUUGUCACCAAUGACCGCUUCAUAUUCAGGAGUAAAGUUGUCAUCUAUUAAUGGACAUCUAAUAUGUGGAUUGUGUGGUGGAUACCUAAUUGAUGCGACUGUCCUAACUGAAUGCAUCCAUGUUUUCUGUAGAAGCUGCAUUCUGAAGUAUUUGUUAGAAAACAAGAUUUGCCCUUUGUGUCAAAGUCUGGUGCAAGAGACUAGACCUGGUCAAGCUCUUCGUCCAGAUGUUGCACUUCAGCGUAUUGUAUAUAAAUUAGUCCCAGGUUUACUGAAGACUGAAAUGAAAAGGAUUUCAGAGUUUAAAGAUUCAUAUACAAAAGAUUCAUGUGCUGACAAGUUUAUCUUUGGCAAAGAGAUCCUGCGGAGGAAUUCAAAUCCAAGCGGUGUAUGUAGUUAUGCUGCUUCCGAUCUCUGUCCUUCCCCUCUACCUACGGCUCUCGCUACUCGGUCGCUUUCCAAAAGUCCAUGUGGACUUGUUUCCGCUACACAGACAACUCAGAUGGUUGUUUCUAAUCGUCUGCCAAGUUCAGCUGCUUUCCUGUUGGCGGAUGAUGAAUUUGUGAGCUUGUCCCUAACACAUUUAACAAGUUUGCCUACGUAUUCAAAAGUAUCUGAAUCUGUAAUAUCUAAACGCCAUGAUUAUCUGAUUGGAGCCAAAGCUAAUUUAAAAGUUGAAUCUAGUCAUUCCCAACAGCCACCAUCGCUCCGGCUUACGAAUUCGAUUUAUCUCCUAUGCCCAGCCGUGGUAACUGUCGCUAACCUCCAUCAUUUGUUACUAUCAAAAUACCAGCUUGAUCCUACUAGGCAAAUUGUAGAUUUGUAUCUUGAUGGUGAGUGUCUAGAACCAUCUCACAGUCUCCGUGAAGUUGCUUUUCUCUAUUCAUUUCCUACUCGACAUCAGUGUAUGUGUCUUCAGUUCGUUUUUACAGAAGCAUGUUCAGCUUGGUGGGGUACACCAAUGCCUCACCUUGAAAGACUGCAGCCGAAACGGUCGGCUUCUUUCAAAGACCAUUACAACGACUCCAAUUCCGUUAAUGUGUGCUUGUCAAGCCUUAAUCACGCUACUAAACUGUACCAAACUUCAAAUAAAAAUAAAAAGAGAGCCUCAUUUUAACUAUGCAUUUAUAAAAAUUGGGGUGCAUUAUAUAUAUUUCUAGGCCUUUUGUAAAAAAAUUUAUUUUGUGUAUAUAAAGUUCGCAUAGCCAACAUCCACUAAUUCAGGAGAUUAACUGCCUACUUUCCUCGAAAUCUCCAUUAAUACCUUGUGUCUUUUAUAAUGCAGAUUUUUUAUUCCUUCUUAAUGAUCACUUUUUCAUUAUCCUUAAUGUGCAUGCCUUUCGUUCUAUUACCUCUGUUUUGAAAAAGAAUAAGGAUGUACAAAUAAAAAAAUCUUGUAAUUGAGUGAUCUAUGUUAAACAAGUUACUUCAGAUAAAAAUAGUUUUUGAAGUAUCACUGCUCUCAUUGUCUUUCAUUUUGCAGUAGAUAAUUUUGUCAAUAAGCGGAAAUUUCGACACAGCCACGCGUAUACACAUGAUUUUCUUUUUCUUUUUCCUCUGGAAGAAAUAUACCUUAUCCUUCCUGGUUGAGAAAAACUUAUAUUUCUGUAAAGAUUUGUAUCUCGAAAUAUAUUUUAGUAGAUAA